AUGAGCGAGAAACAACCUGAGACAUCACCACACUUGGUGGGUGCAAAUGGACUCGACGAUGCUGUGGUGUAUCUAGACGGCCAUGCAGGUGGGACAGACAGCCCACCAGUUGAUCUGCAGGCGCUCCGCCGAAAGAUCGAUCGCCGGUUGAUGCCAUACAUGUUUUGUUGCUAUGUUUUACAGUUCCUUGACAAGGUGAUGCUGAACUAUGCCGCCGUGAUGGGAAUUAAGAAAGAUUUGAAGCUUGUUGGUAACGACUUUUCCAAUACUGCGACUUGGUUUUUUAUCGCCUAUUUGAUCGCUGAAGUUCCCAACGUGUAUUGUUUACAAAAAGCGCCCCCAGCGAAAUGGCUGGGAGGAAAUGUGUUCCUCUGGGGAGUCGCAGCAGCGGCUUCAUCUGGAGCACAGAGCUACCAAGGUCUCCUGGUCGCACGAAUCUUUUUAGGAAUCUUUGAAGCCACCGUCGGUCCUUCGUUGAUGUUAAUCAGCAGUCAAUACUACACUCGAAGCGAGCAAGCCCCUCGAUUCACCGUGUGGUACAUGGGGCUUGGUGUUGCCCAGAUUCUCGGUGGUCUCAUCUCCUUUGGCUUCCAGCAUGUACACCAUGCAUCAAUGGAAAGCUGGCGCAUCAUGUUCCUCGUUCUAGGACUUGUCACGUCUGUAGUUGGUGCUCUCACCUUUUUCUUCAUCCCGGAUACACCAAUCAAAGCUAGUUGGUUGUCUGAGAGUGAGAAGAUUGCUCUCUUGGAACAUGUUAGCGAGAACCAGACCGGCGUAUGGAGCACCAAGUUGAAUUUAAGUCAAAUUUGGGAGGCUGUUGGUGAUGUCCAGCUCUGGCUCUUGACAAUCACAACAAUUCUGAUUUCCGUCUCCAGUGGUGUGGUCACCACGUAUUCAUCGACGUUGAUUGCCGGAUUUGGUUUCACAGGACCCAUCUCGGCCCUCCUGAAUACACCUGGCGGCAUCGUCAGCAUCUUCUUUACCCUACUGGUCGGAUUUGGAAUUCGUCAGACCUCACACCGCUGGGCAUGGAACGUACUAUGUACAAUCCCUGGAAUCAUCGGCGGAGGUCUAUUGUCCUUCCUUCCAAAGACCAACAAAGCCGGUGUCCUGAUAGGUAUCUACCUGGUCAACGCCAUUGUCGCCACGCUGCCAAUCCUGUACCAGUGGACAAUGGCCAACUGUGCUGGACACACCAAGCGUGCAUUUGCGAGCGCACUUGUCGCUGGGUCUUUCUCCGUUGGUAAUAUCAUUGGACCGCAGACAUUCCAGGCCCAUGACGCGCCGGAAUACCGCCCUGCUAAGAUUUCUGUCCUCGCAACGCAAGCUGCCGCCGCUGUGCUGUCUGUUGUUUUGUUCCUCUACUAUAAGUGGUCGAACCGUCGCAAGGAUGAGACUAUGGGACAAGUCGAUGAGACAUUGAUCGAUGAGACGAAGUGGGCUGGGCUCACUGAUAAGCAGAACCCUUCAUUCCGCUAUGUCUACUAG